AUGCCGUCGACCUGCAAAUGUGUUGCGGUGGACCCGGGGGGAGGGGGUGCGGAGCCGGGGGAAGGGGCACAGAGCGACCGGCCCAGAGGAGCUCCGGGCGGCCAGGAGAGGCGGCGAGGCCCCGGUGUCCAGGAGUGGUCCGACGGGUCCAGGUAUGAGGGAGAGUUUGUGAACGGAUUCAAACACGGCACAGGAAAAUACACGUGGAGUAACGGAGAGUGCUAUGAGGGCUCUUUCUACAAAGACUACAGGCAUGGAGAAGGACUGUACUGCUGGCCCACGGGCCACAAGUUCAUUGGCAAGUUCUAUCUCAACAGAAAGGAAGGAUACGGACAACAACUGUUCCCCGACGGAGCCACCUUUCAGGGUUUGUACCGUGCUGACCAGAGGUUUGGUCCAGGCGUGGUUAGUUAUCUGGAUGGGCGUGAGGAUGCGGGUCUGUGGCUCGGAGAGCGUCUGCUGAAGCUCUGUGCCUCUGUAGAAGACGGCUUCAGCCUGAAGAAGUUUCCUGAAUAUGCCGCCUACAUGGACCCAGCUGCCACCACAGAGCCCCUGACUCAGCUUCCCAUCGUUGGUCUACAGACAGAAACCAGAACAGACUCUAAGGCGGAGACGGACAGAGAUCCGCUGUCAGAUGAGAAUUGUAUCCUUCCCAUCGGCAUUGAGAGUUACUCAACAGAUGGCGAGCACUUGCCGCUGCCCCCUGGCCGAAGAAGAGAGUUGGAUCAGCGCUUCUACGGCGAGCUGUGGGAGCCGGACCAUCAUCAGCACCGAGGCUAUGAGCGAGACCCACUCUCCACGCUCCCCUUACGGGCCCGCAUGCAGGCUCACAUACACAAACACAGACUGCAGGCUGACAGUGUGGGCUGGGAUGUGGCAGCUGUUCUGUCUCUGAACAGGGAACGUUUUGGUCCUAAAGGGCCUUUGGAAGUCAGUUCAGAGUCGUUGAUCCAGCACGCCACCCGAGGGGAACUGCAGGCCGUGUCACAGAUCCUCCAGACCGGUUUGGUCCACCCUGAUGUAGCAGACUCAAAGGGACACACUGCACUGAUUGCUGCCACAGUAAACUGCCAUAAUGAUGUGAUCCAGCUGUUGUUGGAUAUGGGUGCUGAUAUUGACAAGACGAACUGUGAAGGCAUGUCUGCUCUGGCUGUGUGUCAUGUCCUCUACUACCCUUUUCAGUCUCUGCACCCCACUUUCACCGAACCGCCCGCCAAAACUCAAGUCUUGAGGUCUCCAUCUACAAAUGGGAACAGUCCUCAGAUCAGCCAAGUGGACUUCACUACAGACACACCCAGGACAGCAGGAGAGCCAAACGAGCACUUCUCCCAUCACAGCAGUGAAGUGUCCAAUGACGGUGAGCUCAUCGCUGAGCGCUGGCCUGACCUGAAUGAGCCCGAGACCCCUGCAGACACUGAACACCUAGACGAGGCGGAGGGAAAAGAGACAGAGAGAGAGGGACAGGAAGAAAGGAGCAGGAGGGAAGAAAGAGAGAUAGAGAGCCGAUGUGAUCAAACAUGGGAAAAUGAAGAAAGUGAGGUAAAAGGGAAGGAAACGAAAGAGGACGAUAAUGUGCUUGGUGAGAGGAGAGAAAUGGAGUCAAGCAAAGAGAAUAUGGAAGUGAGGAAGGAGGUUGAGGAGGAUGUGGAGAAGAGAGUAAGGAAUCUUCAUGAGGAGGAUGUGAAGGAGAGAGACGAGAGAGGAAGUGAGGGCGUGCCUGGUGUGGAGCGCUCCAUUCAGGUGUUAGACGGCCACAUCGCGCUGGGCAGCGUGCAGUGGAAGGAGUGUCGAGCUAAAGCACCAGGAAGAGCUCAGCAGGUCAAAGACAAAAAACUGACCCAAAAACCAACCUUUGACUCUGCCUGCUCGGUCAGCAGCUACAAGAUCCAGGUCACAGAGGAAGCGAUGCAUCGCUCAGCGGAAGCGUUGAGUCGCACGGGGUUUCCUCAGCGCUCCGACACACAGGAGACUGUACGCAAAAUGGCUGCCAUGAAGACUGAACACCGUAUUCGUUUGAGCACCCUGAAGUUGUUAUUGGAGCGGGGAGCCGACCCCAACAUAUCCAGGGUCCCCAUGCCAGUUCUCUUUUUAGCCAUCAUGGCGGCUGACACUGAGGCCGUCAGGAGGCUGCUGCUGUGUGGAGCUCGCACUGACAUUCCCCUUCCACCUGAGAGGAAGGGUCUGUAUCCCCUGCAUGUAGCUGCAGCGCUGCCCGGUCCAUCCGGUCCCAGAAUCACAGAGUUGCUGCUCCACGCGCUCACUGACCCAGACGCACAGGCAUGCGACCAGGACGAGAUCUAUGAACCAGAUAAGAUUUUCAUGAAGACCCAGGAAUCACUGAGCACCAGUAAGAUCCCGCAUCUCAAAGAAGGAGGCCAAACAGCUCUGCACGUGGCCUGCCAGAGAGACAGUGACUACCGGAAUGCCAGUAAGGUGGUAGCCCUCCUGCUCUCCCACAGAGCCAGCACAGACCUCCUCUGGAGUGGACACUCGCCUCUUUCCCUCGCUAUAGCGGCUGGGAAUGACCUGUUGGACAUGUUGGCUAAGGCUGGUGCCGACAUCUUGAUGCCAGUAACGGCGGGUGAUGUUGAGGGAACUGCAGUCGACUAUGCACACCAUUCCUUCAAUCAGGACUCGCGUAUUGCCAACACUCCCUUCCAUGCUCUGAACAUGCGGGAAAGGGAAACAUUUAAAGCACGGCGCCAGCUGCUGAGCAUGAUGGGAGAUCUGCUGAGGCAGACUGUUGCCCAGAGGGAGCAAGAGGGCACAGAGAGGUUUGUGCACAAGGGCUCGGAAAAUCUAUCACCUAUAAAAGACAUACACAGGAAACUGGGGUUUAAGUUCUGCUAUCACUGCGGUCGCUCUGUGUCUGUGAAGCUGACCGCCUGUAGCCGCUGCCACAAGGUCUUCUACUGCUCCAGGAUCUGCAAACUGAAAGCAUGGGAUGAAAGACACAAGGACGAGUGUAUGCGGGCGUCAGCCUCUGCAGAUGGCAUCCAGAAGAGUGUUGUGAUUAAAUCCCAAAGAGCCCCCAGGCCCUUGACUGCCACGUUGAAAUCCAAAACACUCCCCAGGCCCUUGACUGCCAUGUUGAAAUCCAAAACAGUCCCCAGGCCCUUGAGUGUCAAGUUGAAAUCCAAAAGAGCCCCAGAGCCCUUGAGCAUGGCACAGAAGGUCUUGGAGAGCCAAGUCAACCUGAAGGAAAACUACAGCUGCAACUGAUGGACACUAACAUUUCACACACUAAAUUAACAGAUGAAAUACAACUUGUAUCUACAUAAUAUCACAAAGCACUUCUAUUGCAUCACUGCUUUCUCUGGUUCUGACUCUUAACUUUAUAUAUUUGGCUUCAUGGUGACGAUUAUAUUUUGUGCCAUAAUAAUUUUUCUUUGCCAUGUUUAUACUGUAUUCCGUUGUAAUAAUAGUGUAAUAAUAUCCCUGUCUGUACUGUUGCCACAGAAAUAUUGCAAAGCACUGAAUGGCUGCUUUUACUGAAUGAAUCCAGAUGUUUUUGAAUGAAUGAAGUUAAAAGUGUGACCAAAGAAUAUAUUAAGUUCCACUUUUCCAGAGCAACUUCAAGCCUGACCUUUUAGUAGCAUAAAGGGAACUAUAUCUAAAUUUCAUUGUACAAUCAUGUGUUGUA